CUUAAUUCGGCAGGUCGCACUGCUAACUUGUCCCCUUGAUCCAUCUCGACCCGUCGGCACACUUUAGCAUAAAACAAUGGACACCCUCGUGACGACCUGUAAGAAGCCAACCCUCGAUUGCACAUCAUGCUUGCUGUGGAAUCCGGCCGACCAACCUGGGUUCGCUUGGCACAGCAGUCACGCAAUAUGUGGUCCAUGAGAAAGGCAAGGGCUAAGGUCCUUGUGUAGUCAACUAUAUAGGGCAGUCAUGGUUUACCCACAAUGGUUCCGUGGCCAUCUCCCAAGUCAUGCCUUUAACUAUAACAUUCCUACAGUCUGCUCUCCUCCUCUGGUCUACCAUUGCUCAGUGGGGCUUCUCAGUGCCAUUGAGACGGGGCCCAGACUGCCCCGGGUAUUCCGCGAGUAAUGUUAAGAAGACAGAUAGUGGCAUAACGGCGGACUUGACCUUGGCAGGUUCAGAAUGCAACAUCUACGGACAGGACUUGCACGAGUUGAAGUUUCUGGCCGAAUACCAAACAGAUUCACGACUCCAUGUUAUGAUAUAUGACAAAGCGGAGCAAGUCUACCAGGUUCCAGAUUUUGUUGUUCCGCGGCCAGGAGGUUCUUCCAGCGCAGGAGGCUCUUUGCUCGAAGUUUCGGUAGAAGAGGAUCCAUUCUCAUUCAUGAUAAAACGAAAGAGCAAUGGCGAGGUCUUGUUCACAACCGAGGGUUCUGAAAUCAUCUUUGAGACGCAAUAUCUGCGGCUCCGAACGUCACUACCAGACAGCCCCAUAUUAUACGGACUUGGAGAGCACACAGAUUCUUUACAACUACCCACUUCGAAUUAUAUUAGGACGUUCUGGGCUCGAGACGCAGGUGGCGUCCCAGCUGGGGAGAACUUAUACGGUAAUCAUCCAGUAUACUACGAAUACCGACCGAAAUCAGACACGACCCAUGGCGUUCUCUUGCUGAACAGCGAUGGAAUGGACAUUAAAAUCAACAACGACGACGGCCAGUACCUCGAAUACAACGUAUUAGGCGGGAUCAUAGACUUGUACUUCUUGGCUGGUCCAGGACCAUAUGAUGUCGCACGGGAAUACAGUGAGAUAUCAUUAAAGCCUGCAAUGAUGCCGUACUGGGGAUUUGGAUUCCACCAAUGCAGGUUUGGAUAUAAGAGUGUAGAUGAAGUAGCAGCCGUCGUGGCGAACUACUCCGCAGCUGGAAUCCCUCUGGAGACAAUGUGGACAGAUAUCGACUACAUGGACCAAUAUAAGGUCUUCACCCUGGGUGAAAGAUUUCCUUUGAAGGACAUGCGAAGUUUGGUCAAUGAUUUGCACGAUAAUGACCAACACUACAUUGUAAUGGUUGAUCCAGCUGUCGCUUAUCAGAAUUACGAUGCCUUCAACCGAGGGAAAGAUGCCGAUAUCUUUAUAAAAAACAGCGACGGGAGUAUAUACAAGGGAAGGGUCUGGCCCGGUGUAACCGCAUUUCCUGAUUGGUUUCACGAGAAUACUCAGGGCUAUUGGGAUAGCGAAUUUGAAUCCUUUUUCAGCCCUUCUAGUGGUGUCGAUAUUGAUGCAUUGUGGAUCGAUAUGAACGAACCCUCGAAUUUCUGCGUAUGGCCAUGUGCUAGUCCGGAGGCGGAGGACGAAGGUACCGACAUCGUUGAGGUAAAGGCCCGCAAAAUGUCGCGACAAUCUGACCAAGACUACCCAAAGAGGGGUCUCCGAGGACGUAACCUCAUCAACCCAUCCUACAAGAUAAAAAAUGCCUUUGGACUCCUUAGCAAUAAGACUGCUAAGACAGACAUCAUCCAUCAAGGCGGGUGGGCUGAGUAUGACACGCAUAAUCUAUACGGCACAAUGAUGAGUAGGACAAGCCGCAACAGUUUGCUGAAACGACGGCCCGACAAACGGCCAAUGGUCAUCACUCGUAGUACUUUCGUAGGUGCUGGAAGUUACGUUGGUCAUUGGCUUGGCGACAAUAUCUCUGCAUGGGACCAGUAUCAAACAUCCAUACGCCAUCUUCUACAGUUCGUGUCGUUCUUCCAGAUUCCAAUGGUUGGGGCCGACGUCUGUGGAUUCCUUGGAAACACCACGGAAACACUGUGCGCUCGCUGGACGAUGCUAGGGGCCUUCUAUCCCUUUUACCGUAAUCAUAACGUGGACGGAGCCAUCUCUCAAGAGGCGUACCGGUGGAAGAGUGUUACGGAUGCAGCGAAGAAGGCUAUCGAUGCUCGGUAUAGAUUGCUUGACUACAUCUACACGGCAAUGCACAAGCAGACAGUAGAUGGGACUCCAAUGUUAGCGCCUAUGUGGUUCAACUAUCCUACGGAUUCAGCCACCCAUGCAAUCGAAUUGCAGUACUUUUACGGCCCCGCUCUUCUAGUUAGCCCUGUGACUGAGCCAGAAGCAACCUCAGUCACGUUGUACCUUCCCGAUGACAUCUUUUAUGACUUUUGGUCACUUAAGCAAGUUAGAGGAACUGGCGGAGCCGUAACUUUGAAAAACAUCGACUUCACAUCCAUCCCAGUCUACAUUCGUGGCGGCUCAAUCAUACCCGCGCGCGUCAAAAGUGCCAAUACCACCACAGCACUCCGAAGCGAGGACUUCGAAUUGUUAAUCGCGCCGGGCAAAGACGGAAAAGCAAACGGAGCUUUGUAUCUGGACGACGGCGAGAGUUUGCACCCGAGUGGCACCAGCGAAAUCCAAUUCAGCUAUGACGGGAAGACAAUUGAGAUGAACGGAACAUUUGGUUACAAGACCAGGGUCGGUGUCAAGAGCAUCACCAUUUUAGGAAGUGAUGCAGCAAAGCAAUUUGAGUUGAAUGAAGGAUUGGAUGGCUCCUGGAGUCGUGACGUGUCGCAGCUGAAGCAGAUCAGCGUGUAA